UCCAGCAGUCUCUCACUCAGUGCAUACAGCCCGACUCACCAAGAGCAGCGUUAAUCGAUCGCGACGAGGGGAUGUAAGAGAAAAUCGCUACUUCUAAUAAGUGAUUUUCUUUCUCCCUUUCAGCAAGCUGCUGCAUAUGCAAUGCUCUUAGAGCGUCAACAACAUGGCUCUUGAAUGACUUGGGGGGCUGAGGCAUCGCGUCUUUGAUGGCUGUGUGCAAGAGCCGGUCAUUGAUGGCGUUUCCCUCGACGCAUUCCCAACACCCGUCGACGAGCUGCCACAAUUCACAUUACGCUCCGCUCGCCCAACAAGAAACACAACCAGACAAACCGAUUGGUUAUGGAGCGUUCGGCGUAGUGUGGUCUGUGACGGAUCCGAGAAAUGGAAAGAGGGUCGCUUUGAAGAAGAUGCCGAACGUUUUUCAGAGUCUUACUUCCUCGAAAAGAGCCUACCGGGAACUUAAGAUGUUGUGUUUCUUCUCACAUAACAACGUACUCUCCGCUUUGGACAUAGUUCACCCUGGUCACAUAGAUUUCUUCCAAGAGAUACAUAUAGUUUCAGAAUUGAUGCAAUCAGACUUGCACAAAAUCAUUGUAUCACCACAACCACUUAGUUCAGAUCAUGUUAAAGUUUUCCUAUAUCAGAUUCUAAGAGGACUUAAAUAUCUUCACUCUGCUGGCAUAUUGCAUAGAGACAUUAAACCUGGGAAUUUAUUAGUCAAUGGCAAUUGUCUUUUGAAAAUAUGUGAUUUUGGUCUUGCUCGUCUUGAAGAACCUCAUGAAAGUGCAGUCAUGACACAAGAGGUUGUUACUCAGUAUUACAGAGCACCUGAACUGUUAGCUGGAGCUACCAACUAUGGACAAGCAGUGGAUGUGUGGUCAGUUGGAUGCAUUUUUGCUGAGCUCUUGAGUAGAAAUAUCCUUUUCCAGGCACAGAGUCCUGUUCAGCAGCUUAACCUUAUCAUUGAUUUGUUGGGAACACCAAGUUUAGAUGACUUAUGCCGUGCUGGUGCCAGCGAAGGAGCCACUAAAUACAUUCUUCAGAAAGGGCACAAGGCUCCGGCCCUAGCUAGUUUAUAUAAUCUCUCUAAUCAAGCAACACAUGAAGCUGUUCAUUUGCUCUGUAGAAUGCUGGUGUUUGACCCUACGCAGCGUAUAACUUGCACAGAUGCAUUAUCCCACCCUUACCUUGAUGAAGGGAGGUUAAGAUUUCACACAUGCAUGUGCAGUUGCUGUCACACAACAUCAGAUGGGAGGCAGUAUGUUUCAGACUUUGAGCCUGUAUGCCAAUCAACUUUUGAUGAUUCUUAUGAAACAAAUCUCUACACCAUUUCUCGUGUCAAAGAGUCUCUUUACAAGUUUAUAACGGAUCGUCAUCAGAACACUAUUCCUCUGUGUAUUAAUGUAGCUUCUCCUUCUUUUAGAAGUUUUCAAAGUUCUGGAGUAGCUCCCCAGCCAGAACAGCAGAGUUCCCCUCAGCUGUGGUAGUGGUCAUCCUUUUUAUCAACAAGUCAUAAAUAUUUUAUGAAUCAAGCUUCUUAGUUUUGAAGGGAAGCAAAUUUUCCAGAUGGAGACCAUUUGUGAGCAGUAUGGUGUGGGGCCUCCCCAGGGACUCUUUUGAUCCACUCCAUUUCUUUGCAUAAAGGUAAAAAGAAUUUUAUAGGAACAAUGGAAGGUAAUAUCUUGUAUUCUAUAUUUGCAGCUACGUUCAUCGCUUCAGCAAAAUGUAUAGGCCAAGUUAGUCAUGAUUAAUGAAAUAUUCAGUCAAUGUUUGUCUGUACAAUAAUUACUCAGUAACUUUUAUUGCAAUGGGCCUUCAAAGGGCUUUAUGUUGUAGAAGAGAAUACAAUAGCUGAUGUUAAGGGCCAUGUUUUACUGUUAAAGGAUUCUGUUUAAGUUUUAAACUGUUCAAGACUUUACAGGAUUUAAGAAUUCUUUGACCCUCUGGGGUAAGCAAAGUAGAAUUUCUUCCUAUUUAUUCUAUCAUCUUUUAUUGUAUUGUCUGGAUGCAAAUGAAUAUUAGACAUUUUCAAAGAAGUAGCUUGUGGAUGAUUUGAAUUGAAAGAAAAAUGGAAAUCAAUAUGAAUGAAUGUAGGCACUUUUCUUUUAGUAAAGUUGUGUGGAUUUGUUUUGAAAUUUUUUCUAGUGGACCUUGCCAGACUCUGUGUUAGAUUAAGUUUAUCCAAUUUUUGCCAUUUAUCAGAUAAUCCAAUUCUUCACUGCUGUUGUUAUAUGAUAUCAUAUCAUUGUCAUCAUCAUCAUCAUCAUCAUCAUCAUCAUUAUUAUUAUUAUUAUUACUAUUUAUCAUUAUGUAAAUAAUUUUGAGUUGGGAAAUGCUUUUCAAAAUUGAAGGUUCUUCAAUUUCUCUUUAUUUUCCAAUUUUUUUUUUCUUCCUGGGUCCAUUGUUUUAGAAAGCUGUAUACAAUUUCAAUACCACAUUAACUUGGUAAAAAAAGGGGUAUUUUGCUUUUUCAGAUAGUGAGUCCACUACUUCAAAGACUUAAAUCUAUUAAGGAAACUAAUUUUCCUGAAAAUUCACUAAAUGUUUUCCUUAGUUGUCAUGGACUCGCUUUAUAUUGUACAAAAUUUGCUAUAUGCAAGAAUCACUUUUUUUAAAGUGUCCUUUUAGCUACUUACAUGGAGAUUGGGUAAAUGUAGGUAAAUAUCUGAGCAGGCUUUCUGAAAAUCAAGAUAUGGAAUGUUCUACAUUGUUGAGUGGCAGGCCUUGUAAUUAAUGUGAACAUGUUCAAAUGAUGAGGUUGUAAGAAGUUAAGUUAAAGACAUUGUAUUGUCUGCCAAAUAACUUUUGGACUAAUACUAUCCUCAUCAACAUUUAAGUUCCAGUUGUGUAACUGUUUUCAAUGUCUGAAUGUGUUAGUGAUGUGCUUUUUGUGCAUUUCGUAGUAUGUCACUUUUUCCUAAUCCAUAUUUGUAGUAGUUUCACACAAUUCUCAUUUUAUAUUGUUGUAAAGUAAAAUUUAAAAAAUCGGAAAACUCUUUUUAAGGUAAGAGAUAAUUAGCAAACUUUUGUUUUCUUAAAUUGUUGGAUUUGUUUAUGUGCCUUUCUUUUUUUAGUUUUUUUUUUUUUUUUUACCAAGAUCCUUGUUUGGUUGGAAUGAUCAACCUUUCAUUUCUAAGAUUGCCAAUCAAAAACAGGCUUGAGGGCUAGUUAGGUCAUUUUUACCGCCCCUCAAAGACACUGUUUGAAAGCUCGUGCAGGAAGGGUGACAUACACAAUUAAAAUGUUUACAAAAUACCUUUGAAAUAAGACUUAAAACAUGAUAACCAAAGAUGGAGUCAAUACAAAGUUAUAGAUGGACAAGGUUAGCGCUGACUCCGAUUGCAAACAAUGAACCAGUUAAAGGUGAAAUUUAAAUUUGCAGUUACAUCGACAAUUAUGUAUCAUAGAUCUGUAGUUGUCACUCUAGAAAUGAAAGGAUCCAGCCUCGUAGAAACACUAACUGCAGCACUUGCUUCCAGACUCAGACAAAUCGUAAAUAUUUCUUCUUGAAUAGAGGCCAAGAGUAAGACGGAGCAGCGGUGGUGCUCUUGCUGAUUCAGGCUGUUAUCAUUUACCGUACAUGAAUCAGAUGUCUUCAUUGUAUCCGCUCUUUGUCGAUUUUCGCGUUUCAAACCAAGGAAGCUUAGGAUUUGUCGAUUCUGUUAGCAAACUGCAGUUAUGUUAAAGGGAAACGACUUAGAUAUUUCUUUUUUUUUUAUCAUUUAUUUAUUUAUUUCCUUAAGUGAAGUUGAUAUUUAUAUAUAUAUAUAUAUAUACAUAUAUGUGCUUUCGCAAAAAGCUUUCUUGUGCCAAAGCUCGCAAUCUGCAUCGUGUAACGGCCUACUGAAAGAGCCGUACUUGUUGUUAAGUGAAAUGAAUUGUAAAAAAAAAAAAAAAUGGCGCUGCAGGCAAAUAGGUUAAAUAAAGGAUACAUUUUAUACAUU